AUGGAAUUCAUAUCGAACAAUCAUAACGUAUUAUAUGUGACCCAACUUAUACAAAGAAAAUGUAACAGGUGUCUAUAUAUAUUCUAAAGUUUAGUUAUAAGUUCAAUUUUAAAACCAAAAUUAAUGGCUGUUUUAAAUUGGGUUCUUCUAUCUCUCUCCACUAAUUUAAUAAUGAUUGGUGUUUAAGGAUUAUUAAUUGAUGAUAAUUGAUGGUGAUUAGUUAUGAUUAUAUAAAAUGUUUAUUCAAAAUAAGGAUUGACUUUUCAGAUUUCUCUGGUCCCUAUCUCUCUCUCAACCCCACCCAAAUCACCACACUAGCUUUCAAUGUCCCUAAUAAUCAAUCAAGAAGGGGCUCUUACCCAGAUCGAUACUCAUUGUCAGAUUGCUAUUCCAAGGAGUUUGGCAAUCAGAGAUUUUUGGCGUACUAACAGUGAUUAUCUGAUCUUCCAAGUCUACCCCCAAGACUUCUAGGUGGCUGAAUGCAGACAGAUAUGGUGUGGAGUUGUUGCAAUCAACGAUGUACCAUUGAUUGAGAGAAUAAUCCGCACCAAUUCCAAAAGGGUAUGGAAUCGUCACCUUCCCGCACGUAUCAUUGCACCCUGUCUUGGCGUACUUUGGAAUUGCAGUGGAUGCUGAUGCCAUUGAAACAAAAAUGAGUAAACGUGUCCCUAUGGUUGUUAUGGGAGUUAAUUAGCAACAACAAUCAAAACAAGUUAGAUGAUGAAAGAGACUGGUUGAUGAACGAUGUGUUGUAGCGAAGCUUUUGUUGCGAUUGAAGCUCCUUUCAGAUUUAUAUACAGGUGCUCGAUGAAAUGUCUGUGUGAAAAUCAGCAGUGACGGCCAGAGCCAGCGUAGGAGAUGGAGCCGGGUGGCAGUAUAAGAGCCGAAAGGACAUGUUUUGAUGACUUUUGAUUGAAGUUUCAUAGUUUUUCAGACAACCAAUGGCGGAUGUAGCAAAGGACUUAACCGCCGGAACAAUAGGAGGGGCGGCACAGUUGAUAGUUGGACACCCUUUUGAUACCAUCAAGGUCAAACUUCAAAGUCAACCCGUCCCUCCACCGGGUCAGCUCCCUAGAUAUUCUGGUGCAAUAGAUGCCGUUAAACAAACAAUAGCAGCAGAAGGUCCACGGGGUCUAUACAAAGGCAUGGGUGCCCCUCUUGCCACUGUGGCAGCUCUAAAUGCUGUUCUGUUUACAGUUAGAGGGCAAAUGGAAGCACUUUUGAGGUCUGAGCCCGGUGCACCCUUAACCGUGAACCAGCAGGUGGUUGCUGGAGCCGGUGCUGGAGUUGCUGUUGCCAUUUUGGCCACCCCAACUGAGUUAGUCAAGUGCAGGUGGACCCCCAUAAAGCUUGGUGUUAACAUGCUAACUCGGAUCCAUUUCACGAGAAUCACAACAAACUUGAGCAUGCCUUUGGCAUUCCAAUAUCUUCUUGGCUACUUGGAGAGAGAACCGCUUCCUCCAAGAAUCUCCUUGGCUCCGGUUCCAAAGAUGACGAUGGAUGCCUUGCAGAUUCGUACUAUCGUCGACAUCAUCGUUAGAGGGCAAAUGGAAGCACUUUUGAGGUCUGAGCCCGGUGCACCCUUAACCGUGAACCAGCAGGUGGUUGCUGGAGCCGGUGCUGGAGUUGAUGUUGCCAUUUUGGCCACCCCAACUGAGUUAGUCAAGUGCAGACAACCAAUGGCAGAUGUAGCAAAGGACUUAACCGCCGGAACAAUAGGAGGGGCGACACAGUUGAUAGUUGGACACCCUUUUGAUACCAUCAAGGUCAAACUUCAAAGUCAACCCGUCCCUCCACUGGGUCAGCUCCCUAGAUAUUCUGGUGCAAUAGAUGCCGUUAAACAAACAAUAGCAGCAGAAGGUCCACGGGGUCUAUACAAAGGCAUGGGUGCCCCUCUUGCCACUGUGGCAUCUCUAAAUGCUGUUCUGUUUACAGUUAGAGGGCAAAUGGAAGCACUUUUGAGGUCUGAGCCCGGUGCACCCUUAACCGUGAACCAGCAGGUGGUUGCUGGAGCCGGUGCUGGAGUUGCUGUUGCCAUUUUGGCCACCCCAACUGAGUUAGUCAAGUGCAGGAGUUUCGAUUGAUUGAAUCUUGAUCUGUGGAAGAUCCGAUGGUUUUUUUAUUGAAUAUGAGGAUACCCAUUUUGUAUUAGUUUGUGGAUGGAAGCUACCGGUUUAUACUUUGUAAGGUGCUCGAUGAAAUGUCUGUGUGAAAAUCAGCAGCGACGUCCAGAUCCAACGCAGGAGAUGGAGUCGGAGUGGCAGCAGAAGAGCCGAAAGGACGUUGUUGUUUAUUUUCUUUGUAAAGAUCGACAUCUUGAACCUGCACAGUUCAUCGAAGUUGCUCUCGCAUCAUCAGAAGGUCUUUUUUAAGAGAUGGAAGGAAGGGUGUCACAUCUUCUAUUGGUUGACUCAUCUAAGACGGAGCGUCUGCCACAGUCAAGCAUCCUCCCUUUCAUUAUGCAACCUGUGGCUGAAUAUCGGAAGACACCUGCCAACAUGAAGAAAACCACUGCUGUUGCUAACUGUUCAGAAGGUUUGGCGACUCUUGAAGAAAUAUUACACCAUGGUCGAGAAAAUAAGAAACACACGAAUGCUGAGUUCAAUUGUCGUGUGGCCAUUAAAGGCGUACGUAAUAGCGAAGAGUGGUUCAGACUUAUGUGUGGCGGAGGAAAAUGCAUACUGCUGUUGCUAACUGUUCAGAAGGUUUGGCGACUCUUGAAGAAAUAUUACACCAUGGUCGAGAAAAUAAGAAACACACGAAUGCUGAGUUCAAUUGUCGUGUGGCCAUUAAAGGCGUACGUAAUAGCGAAGAGUGGUUCAGACUUAUGUGUGGCGGAGGAAAAUGCAUGAAAGGUGUAUCGCGUGAACACGGGGAGCUGUGGUGUGCUGGUUGUGAAAACCCAGUUAUGUUUCCACAAGCAAGGUUCCAUCUUGAACUUGAGGUGCUCGAUUCCACGGCAAAUGCGGUCAUCAUGUGCUUCGAUGACACUGCGCAAAUUCUAACAAACACCAUUGCUGAGUCUAUACUCAAUGCGGAAUCGGGUCUCUCGCAUAUCUACACCGCUCCAGUCAUGAUACAGAACUCUGAUGGUAGCAUCUCAACGCUCCCAAACUGCUUACACUCACUUAUGGGCACCACCCGAACCAUCCAAGUUGAUACAUCCACAUACUACCAUCAUGGGGCCUUUGAGAGCUUCAACUGCAAGCGUGUGCUCCCGGACGAAACCAAUUGUGAAUCCGUUGGAUCUACCACUCCUACUCCCAUGACUAGGAAGGGUAAAGGGGUGAUGACAAUACCGACACCGGUAAAGCUCAAAGAAACAAUCAGAAAGUACAUCCCUACUUAUGAAGGUUCUGAUUCGGAUGAUUUUGUGGGUAACUACUGAGGGGAACGUGGACUACAUGGCCAUGCAUUAGCGGCAGAAGAUUUCGUGAAUUAUUGAAUAAAACCGGAAGCUUUGUGAACUCCUUUAAGUUUUUUCCCUGUAAUGUAUGUUUUUAGACUUGGCAUACAUGUUUGUUCUUAAACAAAUUCCGCAAACAAAGUUUCCUGUGCUAUGCACGCCUUACAUUUUGUGUGGCCGGCUUAUGGUACAAGCUCU